CCCGGUUCAGAGGGAAUCACAACACUUGACUCAUCAGUGUCACUGAUCUCCUCUGCUGUACGGAUUCACUCCCUGACUGAGAGACACGCAGAGAGAGAAGCUCCUACAAACAGCAAAGAGUUGAAUUAAAGGAACCUAUUCCGGCGGAUUGGAUUGGAGACAUGACCAAAGAGACUGAGACUCUGGGACUGGUCCAUCAGAGCGAGAACUUCAUCUAUAACCGUUACAACAGCUACGCCAUGGACUCCUGGUCCUACCUGGAGAGCCCCGUCCUCGAGCAAACCGCCCCCAAACCCAGACUCCAACCGGGAGAAGACCUAACAGCCUUAACCCUGCUUUAUGAGCAGUGCAAGAACCACAAAGAUCAGAAGAUGGUUACCAGCAACCGCCUCGGCAACAUCUGCAAAACAGAGAGGAAUCAAACCAACGCCAAUGAGCUCGAUUCAUUGGAGGCGUCCGCCAACGUCCCCUUGAGUCAUUCCCAGGAGUUUUUGGGAUCCAAGCAGGACGCCUCGCUGGCUAUCCCUGCCACCGCCGCCUCAGACAGCUACGCCACCCUAACCAGCGUGGUGACAGACAAUUACGACAAGCAGGAGCUCAACAUUAUAUUUGAUUCCCUGUUGACCGGUCCAUUCCCCGAUCAUAGCACAGAGACUCUUCCCUACAGCGGAUCCUUCCCGGACGAACAAUCCAGCCCCGUCUACUCGGGCUCCUACGGCGGCUCCCCGCCACAGAGAUUCAGGAAUGAGUUCCAGUUUUCACUGGGAGCUCCCUUGGCUUCUUCCUGCAAGUCCAGUGAGCUGCCCAUGGUCUACCUGAACAAGGGCCAGUUCUACCCCAUCACCCUCCAGGGGGUCGACAGCCGGGCCUGCCACGCUGCCACUAAAGUCAAGACGGUGGUGAUGGCUCUGUUUGAGAACGACAAGAACCCAGAAAUGCAGCUCCGCUUCUGGAAUCACUGGCACGCUCGUCAGCCCACUGCCAAGCAGAGGGUUAUUGACAUCGCAGACUACAAAGAAGUUUUCAGCGGCAUCAGCAAUGUGGAGGAGUUGGCCUUCAACGCUCUUUCCUUCGUUUGGAACCCCAAUGAGGAGGCCAAGGUUUACAUCGGCAUUAACUCCCUAAGCACCGACUUUUCGUCCCAGAAGGGGGUUAAAGGCCUUCCUCUGAACCUGCAGAUUGACACGUACGACUUCAGCUCGGGAACCAACCAGCUCCUACACAGAGCCGCCUGCCAGGUCAAGAUCUUCUGCGAUAAGGGUGCUGAGAGGAAAAUGCGUGAUGAGGAGAGGAAGAGGAGCAAAAGGAGGACGAAGCCCGAUGCUAACGCCAACAAGUCUUCAGUGAGCAGCGACUGUACCUUCUUCCAAACCCUGGAUGAUCACAUCACCCAGCCAGUUCUGUUUAUCCCAGAAACACACCUCUCCAGCUUACAGCGCAUGGCUCCUCCCAUGGACGACAAUGAAAGGAGUUCUUUGAAGAGAUUAUAUCCAGACAGAGAACAAAUGAGCUCUCCACCUAGCAAACAGGGCCGCAGAGAAGACCCACAAAGAGUUCUGCUGUAUGUGAGGACGCACACCGACGAGGCUUUCGAUGCGCUCAUGCUCAGAACGCCAACACUGUCGGGCCUACGGGAAGCUGUUUCAGAAAAGUACGGUAUCCAGCUAGAGACCAUUGGCAAAAUCUACAAAAAGUGCAAGAGAGGGAUUUUCAUCAACAUGGACGACAACAUCAUCGAACAUUACACCAACCAGUCGGCCUUCCUCAUUGAGAUGUCCGAGCUCGUCAACGGGCAGUUCCAGGUCACCCUCAUUGAAGUAUGAGAGCGAGCGUCCAAUCAGCCGCCUGCUCCAUUGAAGAAUGUAACUACUCCCAGCUGGCAGUUUGGACCAUCUCUUAUAGCACUGCUCAGUCAAAGACAAUGUAAGCUUUAGACUGCCGAAACCAAUGAGAGAAGCUGAAGAGAGAACGCGUUUGUACAGCUUUCUGCCGGUGAUGUAGAUACUCCACGACUUUGUUAUUUGAAUUGUAACUCAACAGCAAUUAUGAUGAACAACCUGUACAUAGAUCAUGUAAAUAGAACUUAAUAUGAAAGUGUUUUAUGAACUAGCCAUGUGUGUGUGUGUCGAAAUCCAUUUUCCACAUAUUUCUAUGUAUUUCAAUUUUUUUUUUACAGAGCUCUGCAUAAGUUUUGUGUACAAUCCAUUUUUAGCAUUUUCAGAGGUUCCUAUUCUUGUUGCUUUUAAUGUAUCCGUCAUUUAUUCUAAAAAGGGCCUAUGUUGCGUUUCCUCACCCACGGCCUACUUUUGAUGUUUUUUCACUGCCAUGGAGUAUCUUCCUGCAGGAUCCUGUUAGUUUCACCACUAACCCCAAUGGUUUCAUUCAGAACCUAAAGUCAGACAUUUCCACCCGUAAAACCACACAAUAGUUAGUAUUGGCCAUAACUUAGCUUAGAGUUGUGGACAUUUCCUUCCACUACAGUGUAACCACAGAGUUAAAAAACAGUUCAAACCCGUCAGUCCCUGAGGCCCGCCAAAGGAUUUUCAUUUUAUGCGUGUGUGUGUGUGUGUGAGUGUGUAAAAAGUUGUAGAAUUAUUUUUCCCUUUUUACGUUACGCAUCAUUUCAAAACAAGCAUGUAUCCCUGUAAGAUUUCAUUAUUAUAUCAUGGCAAUUCUAGUUGUAUUAGUCCCAUCAUGCCUUUUUUCUAACAAAAUAAAGAAAAUGCAUAAUA